AUGGGAGGGAAUAACGGACGACGCUUUUAUCUUAUCCGUCGUGCGAGAUGGCUUCUAUAUCGAUAUAGAGGCCUUCCCGCACGGUGCGAUUCGUUCCGCCCCGCCGACCGUUUCUAUUCUUCAUCAGCAGUACAUCGAAGCAGAAAUCGGUGCACUGCUGGAGAAGGAGGCGAUAGAGAGAGUUCCAGACAGUCCACAUCUCUGUCUCUCUCCUAUCUUCGUCUUCCCCAAGCGCUCGGGGAAAUUGAGGAUGAUUUUGAACAUGAAAAUUAUCAACAAAUUCAUCCAGCCAGACCAUUUCAGAAUGGAAACGCAUCAAUUCUGCCAUCUCUAGAGGCAUCGGAUUGGGCCGUCUCCCGAGACCUCAGGGACGCCUAUUUCCACAUACCAAUUCAUCCCGUUUCACGGGAGCUGUUGGGUUUUCGCUUCAAAGAAGCAACUUACAGAUACCGGGCAAUUCCUUUCGGCUUACGCCCGGCACCCAGAGUUUUCACUCGUGUGGUCACCGCAGUGGCCGCCCACCUGAGAGAACGAGGUCUAAGACUAUCCGUUUAUCUCGACGACUGGUUACUGGUCGUGAACUCAAAGGCCAAACGUCUGUCUCACUUAUCCCUCCUUCUGCGGGUCACCCAGGAGUUGGGAUUCGUAGUAAAUUGGGAGAAGUCGGAUCUCUCGCCUUCCCGCGUACCCACAUACUUGGGCGCGGUUCUAGACCUGCCAAACCAGAUUGCUCGACCAAGUCCUGACAGAGUUCGGGCAAUCGUCUCUCUGGCUCGCUCUCUCAGAGAGCGCAGCUCUGUGAAAGCUUGCACAUGGCUGAGAUUACUCAGGUUUAAGGCAAGCCUUGUUGACAUCCUACGGGUGUGUCGCCUGCUUAUGAGACCCGUUCAGAGACACCUCCUGCGCUAUUAA